GCUGCGGCGAGCUGGUGUGGGUGGGGGAGCCCGUCGUCUUUGGCCGGGCGGAGUCCAUCGCUGGCAAGUACGGCGUGUGGAUGAAGGACCCCGAGCCUGUGCCCCCCUUCACGCGGGAGACCACCUGGCGUGUGGACACGGUGGGCACGGAGGUCCGUCAGCUCUUCCAGUAUGAGGCAGCCGAGCAGCUGGCCCGGGGCUACCCUGCCAAGGUGCACAUCCUGCCGCAGCCUUUGGAGAGCACGGGGGCCGUCAUCUACCGCGGGGGGCUCUUCUUCCAGCCCCGCCGCUCCCGUGCCGUGGCUCGCUACGACCUACGGGGAGAGGCCCUCACGGCCGAGAAGGAGAUCCCUGGCGCUGGCUACCAUGGGCAGUACCCCUACUCCUGGGGGGGCUACACUGACAUCGAUCUGGCGGUCGAUGAGAAGGGACUGUGGGUGAUCUACAGCACCGAGAAGGCCCGGGGGGCCAUCGUCCUCUCCAAGCUGAACCCCGAGACGCUGGAGAUCCAGCGGACCUGGGAGACGAACAUCCGCAAGCGGGGGGUGGCCAACUCCUUUGUCAUCUGUGGCACCCUCUACACUGUCAGCAGCUACUCGGCACCCAAUGCCACCAUCAACUUUGCCUAUGACACAGCCACCGGCACCAGCCGGGCUCUCAGCAUCCCCUUUGAGAACCGCUUCCGCUACCUCAGCAUGGUGGACUACAACCCUGCUGAGCGGCAGCUCUUCGCCUGGGAUAGCUUCAACAUGGUCACCUACCCCAUCCGCCUCUCCCAUGCGUGA